AUGGAGGAGAUCGCAAAGAAUCGCAACGUUGAACCGUCGGAUAACUUUUUGUUUGGGGAGUUCCAUGCAGAUGAAUACAUGCUAGGCAAGACGACUGACAACGUGGCAGCCAUGCGGAAGCCUUCCUAUAACUACCGCCUUUCCCCAGAAGGGAGGAUGAAGCUAGAAAAUCGCAUUAUCCAUCUGAAGCACAUGGCCGCGUCUAACCCGGGUACCCCCAAAUCGGUACGCCCCAAACUUUGGAUAGUUCGCCCCAGCUGCGGCAACUACUGCGAGUUACUGGAGCGGGAUGACGAGUGCCUGAGGUCUUUUGUGAAGCGGGUGCGCAAGUAUUUCCCCCAGGAUCGACUGGAGAUCCUGAAGGUAAAGAUCGACAUUAAGAUGCCUUUGUGCGAGGUGUUUUUUGAGGGCGACAUCACCGACAUGGUGCGCAUCUUCUAUGCACGUGGUGGUACGCUGCAGUUUUACGUCGUUCCGCGCUUUUGGUCGCGUUGCCCACUGCUGGAGAAGGACCCGCGCCUCGAGGCCAAGUACGGCAAGUCGACGGCGCCGGGCCUCUUCCCCCAAUGGGACGAGGACGGAAUGCUAGAGGAGCUUAUGGACUGCAUGGACGUACGACCCGACUAUGCGCUGGAGUUCCGCCUGCCCAAUGCGUGGCAGCUUCUCCCAAUGGUACCGGAGCACGAUCGGGCCUUAAUGGUUUCGCUGUUCGAAAAAGUGCACUGGCCCACCCGCCUCCGAGUCCAAAGUGCAUUUGAGCAAGGCAUAGAAGACUAUCGCGAUGUAAUUUCUGACGAGUACGCGGAGCUGCAGCGCCUCGACCGCGGGCGAAGCAACAUUUUGGACUACUGGCUGCCACCGGUAGAGCAGUGA